AUGUUUGCCGUCCGCGAGUUUGACAUGCUUGGAGGCCGUAUGCCCAAUAGGUUAGUGACUCAAAAGCAUCGCUUAGCUCUGCUGUCCAUUUCCCUUGUACUUGAGGACAAUGUAGCAAUAACAAGUAACAGAAAUGGGAUUCUGAGUAACAAUAAAAUAUCCGAGUUGAAGAAUGGUUCAUUUUCUGGGCUAAGUCUCCUUGAAAGAUUGGACCUCCGAAAUAAUCUUAUUAGUAGUAUAGAUCCUGGUGCCUUUUGGGGACUGUCAUCGCUAAAAAGAUUGGAUCUGACAAACAAUCGGAUAGGAUGUCUGAAUGCAGACAUAUUUCGAGGACUCACCAAUCUGGUUAGAUUAAACCUUUCCGGGAAUUUGUUUUCUUCAUUAUCUCAAGGGACUUUUGAUUAUCUUGGCUCAUUACGAUCUUUAGAAUUUCAGACCGAGUAUCUUCUGUGUGAUUGUAACAUCCUGUGGAUGCAUCGCUGGGUGAAGGAGAGGAACAUCACUGUGCGGGACACGCGGUGCGUUUACCCGAAAUCCCUGCAGGCCCAGCCGGUCACGGGCGUGAAGCAGGAACUGCUGACAUGCGAUCCUCCCCUUGAAUUACCCUCUUUCUACAUGACUCCAUCUCACCGUCAAGUCGUGUUUGAAGGGGACAGCCUUCCCUUCCAGUGUAUGGCUUCGUAUAUUGACCAGGACAUGCAAGUGUUAUGGUAUCAGGAUGGGCGGAUCGUUGAAACUGAUGAAUCGCAAGGUAUCUUUGUUGAGAAGAACAUGAUCCACAACUGCUCGUUGAUUGCAAGUGCCCUAACCAUUUCUAAUAUUCAGGCUGGAUCAACUGGAAAUUGGGGCUGUCAUGUCCAGACCAAGCGCGGAAACAACACACGAACUGUCGAUAUUGUCGUGUUAGAAAGCUCUGCACAGUACUGUCCCCCCGAGAGGGUGGUAAACAACAAAGGUGACUUCAGGUGGCCCAGGACGUUGGCGGGCAUCACUGCCUACCUACAGUGCACGCGGAAUACCCAUGGCAGUGGGAUCUAUCCAGGGAGCCCGCAGGAUGAGAGGAAGGCUUGGCGCCGAUGUGACCGAGGUGGCUUUUGGGCAGAUGACGACUAUUCUCGCUGCCAGUAUGCGAACGAUGUCACUAGAGUCCUUUAUAUGUUUAACCAGAUGCCUCUCAAUAUUACCAACGCUGUGGCCACAGCCAGGCAGUUACUGGCUUACACCGUGGAAGCAGCCAACUUUUCGGACAAGAUGGAUGUCAUAUUUGUGGCUGAAAUGAUAGAAAAAUUUGGAAGAUUUACCAAAGAGGAAAAAUCAAAAGAGCUAGGGGAUGUGAUGGUCGACAUUGCAAGCAACAUCAUGCUGGCCGAUGAGCGAGUCCUGUGGCUGGCACAGAGGGAGGCGAAAGCCUGCAGCAGGAUCGUGCAGUGCCUGCAGCGGAUCGCCACGUACCGCCUGGCAAACGGAGCUCACGUGUAUUCAACAUAUUCACCCAAUAUUGCUCUGGAAGCUUAUGUCAUCAAGGCGACUGGCUUCACUGGGAUGACAUGCACCGUGUUCCAGAAAGUGGCAGCUUCGGACCGCACAGGCCUUUCCGACUAUGGGAGGCGGGACCCCGACGGAGGCCUGGACAAGCAGCUGAGCUUCAAGUGCAACGUUUCCAAUACAUUUUCAAGUCUGGCACUGAAGAAUACUAUUGUAGAAGCUUCUAUUCAACUCCCACCAUCCCUUUUCUCACCAAAGCACAAAAGAGAAGUCAGACCAACCGAUGACUCUCUCUAUAAGCUUCAGCUCAUCGCUUUCCGAAACGGAAAGCUGUUUCCAGCCACCGGGAACUCGACGAAUCUGGCUGAUGAUGGAAAACGCCGCACCGUGGUUACGCCCGUGAUUCUCACCAAAAUAGAUGGUGUGAGUGUGGACGGCCACCGCAUCCCCGUUAAUGUGACUCUGCGUCGCAUCGCGCACGGAGCAGAUGCCGUGGCCGCCCAGUGGGAUUUCGACUUGCUGAACGGACAAGGGGGCUGGAAGUCCGACGGGUGCCAUAUCCUCUACUCGGAUGAGAAUAUCACCACCAUCCAGUGCUACUCCCUGAGUAACUACGCCGUGUUAAUGGACCUGACAGGAUCUGAACUCUAUACCCAGGCCGCCAGCCUCCUGCACCCCGUGGUCUACACCACCGCCGUCAUCCUUCUCCUGUGCCUGUUAGCGGUCAUCGUCAGUUACAUGUACCAUCACAGUUUGAUCAGAAUCAGUCUCAAGGGCUGGCACAUGCUUGUGAACUUGUGCUUCCAUAUUUUCCUGACCUGUGUGGUCUUUGUGGGAGGCAUAACCCAAACCAGAAACGCCAGCGUUUGCCAAGCGGUUGGAAUUCUCCUUCAUUAUUCCACCCUUGCCACAGUGCUGUGGGUGGGAGUGACAGCUCGCAAUAUCUACAAGCAGGUCACGAGGAAAGCGAAAAGAUGCCAGGAUCCCGAUGAACUGCCUCCGCCACCCAGACCCAUGCUCAGGUUUUACCUGAUCGGGGGCGGCAUCCCCGUCAUCGUCUGUGGGAUCACUGCGGCAGCAAACAUCAAGAAUUACGGCAGCCGGCCAAGUGCGCCCUAUUGCUGGAUGGCGUGGGAACCGUCCUUGGGAGCCUUCUACGGGCCUGCCAGCUUCAUCGCUUUCGUAAACUGUAUGUACUUUCUCAGCAUAUUUAUUCAGUUGAAAAGACACCCUGAGCGCAAGUACGAGCUGAAGGAGCCGGCCGAGGAGCAGCAGAGGUUGGCGGCCAACGAGAACGGCGAAGUGGCUCAGCAGGACUCCAUGUCCUUGUCCCUGAUUUCCACGUCGGCGCUGGAAAACGAGCACACGUUCCAGGCACAGCUGCUGGGGGCCGGCCUCACUCUGCUCCUCUACGUCGCCUUGUGGAUGUUCGGGGCCCUGGCGGUCGCUCUGUACUACCCUUUGGACCUGGUGUUCAGCUUCUUUUUCGGAGCCACGUGUUUAAGCCUCAGUGCGUUCAUCGUGGUGCACCACUGCGUCAACCGGGAGGACGUGCGGCUCGCGUGGAUCAUGACCUGCUGCCCAGGCCGGAGCUCCUACUCGGUGCAGGUCAACGUGCAGCCCCCCAACUCCAGUGGGACGAACGGGGAGGCCCCCAAGUGCACCAACAGCAGCGCCGAAUCCUCGUGCACGAACAAGAGUGCGUCCAGCUUCAAAAACUCCUCCCAGGGCUGCAAACUCACCAACCUGCAGGCUGCUGCGGCCCAGUGCCACGCCAACGCGCUCCCCGUGAACGCCGCGCCGCAGCUGGACAACAGCCUGACGGAACACUCGAUGGACAACGACAUCAAGAUGCACGUGGCGCCUUUGGAAGUGCAGUUUCGAACAAACGUGCACCCCAGCCGCCAUCACAAAAACAGAAGUAAAGGGCACCGGGCGAGCCGGCUGACCGUCCUCCGAGAAUACGCCUACGACGUCCCCACGAGCGUGGAGGGCAGCGUGCAGAACGGCUUGCCCAAGAGUCGGCCGGCCAACAGCGAGGGCCACUCGAGGAGUCGCAGGGCUUACCUCGCCUACAGAGAGAGACAGUACAACCCACCCCAGCAAGACAGCAGCGACGCUGCCAGCACGCUCCCCAAAAGCAGCCGGAAUGCGGACAAGACCGUGUCGAGUAGCAGUAAGAAAGAGGCCUUAAGGAAGCCAACUGCAGUUGAACUUGAAAGUCAGCAGAAGUCUUACGGCCUCAACUUGGCCACGCAGAAUGGACCCAUCAAAAGCAACGGGCAGGAGGGGCCCUCGCCGGGUGCGGACAGCACGGGCAAUGUGAGGACUGGGCUAUGGAAACACGAAACGACUGUGUAGCGGUGGUGGGCCUCCUGGGCAGAGAGAGAGCCGUGCAAACCCUGAGAGUCACAUUCCUUUAAGCUCUGGACACGGGAAAACAAACUGUUUACAGCCACCUUAGGGAUCCAAAAGAAUUUUGAAUAAACUUCAAAGUUUUGGAUUUUAGUUAUUUUAUACCCCCCCAGUCGUUGCUUUUUUAUGAAUUAAAAAAAAAAAAAGAAAAGAAAGGAAGAAAACCUCAAAAGCAUUGUUUUAGAUGUCAGACUACGAGCAGGACAUUUGGGUCUGAAAUGUAAUUUCUUGAAAUCUGUAAUAACGACUUAACAUUUCAGAUGUGUAUUUAAUACAAUAAAUAGGUGUUGGUCAUUGUGUCAAUCGUA